GGCAAAAGACCUGGGUCCCAAUCCCAGUUUUGCCACUGACUAACUUGCAUGGAUAAGUAACUGCACCUUUUUUCAUCUGUGCAGUGGGGAGGUGGAGGAAGGUCACUAAGAUCCCUUCCAGAUCCAAGUCUGUGAUGUUAGGACUUUAUAGAAAUAAGGGAAAAGGGAGGUCCUGACAGAGAUGGAGACAUCUCAGGGAUGGACUUAUUCAGAUUGUGUGUCAGGGAGAAAGCAAGGGGCCUUAUAUCUCGGAAGGUAUGGUCCUUAUUGGUUCAUUCUUAGAAGGGACAGGCUGGAAAAGGAAGGGCAGAAUGAAGGAGGAGGUGACCAGAGUUUCUUUACUUGCUGACUUGACAUCCAGAAUCUGGGUGGUAAUCUGAAAGGGAAGGGAGGGUCUAAUAAAUGUGACGCGUGUGAGGAUUGUAUGAAACAGUCUCAUUUCUCCUCUUUGGGUGGCCCAGUCUACAUCCUCACUAUGAACUCCAUAAGCUAUCAAAAAUGGGAAGAAGACCAAGACCAUCCUGCUUUAGACAAGUCCCAGCUAGCUUGGAUCUCCUGGGGCACAGGCUGGUGGAAGAAACUGUUUCCCCAAGAUCUGCCCUGGAAAUCUGUUUCCUUUCUGCUAGCUGUGAUUCUACUGUUGUUGAUUCUCCUCAUUGUGUCACUGGUCAAGGGCUCAAAGACAUCGCAGGAGCUGAAUCAGCUAAAAGAGGAAGUGAGAACCAAUGCUUCUGUGUUGACAAAGGAUGUGGGGCAGAUAAACAAGGACUUAACAGCUGCCAGAAAAAAUGGCUCUGCCCUGUGGACUAGCUUGGGGAAAUGGGAGAAUAAAGUGGGUGAUUCCCAUAACCGACUUCUCAAGCUUGAAAGCAAGCACAAUGAGCUCAGCACCCAGAUGACUCAGGCCCUGGCAGAGGCUAGGAAGGACCGACAAGACAUUCGCAGUGAAAUGUUCCGGGCUGUGGCUGCUGUGAGAAGAGGGAACAGCUCCUGCUCCCCAUGUCCUGAUUCUUGGCUGGCCUUUGAGGGUUCUUGCUACUUUUUCUCCACCAAAAAAGCUCACUGGGACGAGUCACAGCAGAAUUGUGCCCAGGAGCAGGCACACCUGGUUAUUGUGAACAACCUUGAAGAACAGACCUUCUUGACCCAGAACACCAGAGGCUUGGGUUACUGGAUUGGACUCACAGCAACUCGUGCCAGAGGAAGGGUUAAUGGGUACACGUGGGUUGAUGGUAGCAAACUCACUUUCAGCUACUGGAAUAUAGGGGAGCCAAAUGAUUCGAGAAGGAAUGAAAAUUGCAUCAUGAUACUUUAUACGGGUCGAUGGAAUGAUGCCCCUUGUAACAACCUCAAUGACAACUGGAUCUGUGAGAAGAGGCAGCAGUGUUAAGCUGAAACCUAUUGCCUAAGCCUAGUCUGGCAUGGAGAAGGGACAAUAAAAGAUUUUCUCUUUCCCCUUCA